GACGCGUGUACGUCAGCUGUAUGUCCACGUUUCUGACGUUCCCAUCGUGUUUUUGCCCCACGUAUAUUCGGCUUCGUCCACUUUGUCGCAUAUCUAACAUAUUUGUACUAAACUUUCUAUUCCUCAAACAACGAAGUCAGGAAAUAAAAGCUUGAAAGGUUUUCAAAAUAAAAAUGUUUAUGAAAGCAAUGUAAAUUAAUUGUUGAUCGAAUGUUUUGCUGUUACGAUGAUGGCUGGAAAUAUACUCGAGGAAAUCGAGGGUUGCUCCUGAUUCUCGUGCCAUGUCUUGCACAAUGAUGCGAAUCAACUUUAAGACCCUGCUACUCGUACUGAUUGUCGCUGUAGUUACUUGUAUCCUUACUUCGUGGAAUAAUUGCGGUAAUGGCAUAUUUCUCAGAGACAGCGAAUGGAAAAAUUAUCAACAGCAUAGGGACCGUGCGGCAAACAUAGAACCAGGAUAUCAGGAAAUUGAUUGUUUUAUAAAUGGUGGAAAUUCUAUAGGAUGUAGAAAAGAGGGAGAGGAAAUUUACAUUCCAUUUUCGUUUAUACACAAAUACUUUGAGGUCUAUGGGAAACUGGCUACGAACGAUGGCCUUGAACGUUUCGAAUGGUCGCACAGUUAUUCAAAGUCAGUGCGUCCGAAGGGUAAAUACGACGCACGAGGAGUGUUCAUGACCUUUGAGAAUUACAACGUGGAAGUACGAGAGCGAGUGAAAUGCGUGAGCGGAAGCGACGGUGUACCGAUAUCGACGCAAUGGGAGAGCGAGGGUUAUUAUUAUCCAACACAAAUCGCUCAAUUCGGUUUAUCCCAUUACAGUAAAAACUUAACAGAACCGGAACCACACAAAAAAAUAGUCGAGGAUUCGGACAGAGUGAAGCAGGCGUGGACGGUGCCACAAGGUUCGGUGAUAUCAAGGCCUUAUGACAAAAGAGCCGGAAGUUACGUCCUCAAAUACGCAACACCGGAGACGAGCACGUCCGGAAUAUCGUUGAGCAUGGAUCACGUUUUGGAUUUUGUUCUUAAGCUCGAUCUCUCCAUUAAAGACAAUUCUACGAUAACCGUAGUGAUGCAAAAUCGUGAGAAAAAAGACAAUUAUUAUUUGCAUUACACAACCACGAACAUCGUACUGCAUUCUUACAACAAUCAUAUCCAUUACGGCAUCGGACAGAACAGCAACCAAUGGAGACGUUUGACUCGUGACCUUGUUGUUGAUCUACAAAAAGGCCUGAACGUCCUUGAAAAAUCAAAGAAAAAGCUCAGCCGAUCUAAAUUCAAACUCGUCAAAAUCAUUCUCUAUGGUACUGGAAGAAUCGACAAUCUCACGCUCUCCACGAGCGAACACAUGGAACAAUUUUAUGAUGCCGCCCGAUGGUUUGUUGCUAAUCAAAACAUUUCAUCAGGUGGAUGGCCAAAUCCUGUAAGAAGAAAAGUCGCCAGUGGCAUGGGAAUCCUUGAACCUGGAUGGUAUUCUGCGAUGGGUCAAGGACACGGAAUUUCGGUACUGGCACGAGCUUAUUAUCAUUCGGGUGACGAGAGAUAUUUGCAAGCAGCUGUGAGGGGGCUUCGACCGUUUAGAGUGGCCUCGAAUAAAGGCGGAGUCGCAGCAACUUUUCUUGACAAAUAUGUCUGGUAUGAGGAAUAUCCGACAACUCCAUCUUCCUUCAUACUCAACGGAUUUAUAUAUUCUCUAAUAGGUUUGUACGACCUUAAAAGCGUCGCGAUCGGGCGUGACGCUGAUGAAGCGACCGAACUUUUCGAUCGCGGCAUGAUUUCUCUUAAAAAUAUGUUGACUUUGUACGACACGGGCUCCGGCACGACUUACGACCUCCGCCACUUUACCUUAAAAACGGCACCGAAUAUCGCCCGAUGGGAUUAUCACUCGACCCAUAUCAAUCAAUUAUUACUUCUCAAUACCAUCGAUAACGAUGACAUUUUUCUAACCACUGCCGAUCGUUGGAUCGGUUACAUGAAUGGAAAACGUGCCCCCCACAAUUAAUCCAAAGGUGGAAUUCAAAUCUCAUUUUCCAAGUCACCAAUAUCUGUUCAAACUCUUUUUCACCUUUUGUUUCAGCUGAAAAUGUUAUUCGAUCAGAAUGUUGCUACUCAGUAGCUCAGCAAAAAUUCAUAGCAAUUCAGCUGUCUUCAAAAUAUUUUAUGGACUAUUAGAUUUCCAAUAAUAAUGCCAAGCAGUUGAUAACUAAUUCUAGUUUAAAUGCCGUGUACUGUUUCAGCCCAUUGUCGAUGUCUCGCAGACGUUACAGUUUCCAAAAUAUCGCAUUACCAUGAAAUAAUCGUACAAUUUUGCGCUUUUCCAAAAAUUUCGAUUAUUCCAAAUGGGAAUCGAGGACAAAUCUAGUUUUUUGCUUAUGGCUCAAGUUCACGAAUAUUUGGAAGUCUUGAAACGAAAACUUGGUGAUUGAUAAGGGAGAUUGAAUUCAAAAAGUUUCUCAAGGGUUAAACAAACACAAUUGCUCAAUCAAAUAAUCAUACGACAUUUCUGUUAUGUGGGAUAAAGCGAUGGUCAUUGUUUUUUAAGAAAUGAAUCUCUAUUUUCAAAAUCUUCAAUAAGAAUUUGGGUAAUUGUGAUUUUUAGGACCUUUUCCCGUCAAUUGAUUAGCGACUCUUUAAGCAUAAUCAACUGAAUCUUUUAACACGGAUUUAUCUAAAGAAUUUGCUGAAAAUGUUGAUCUAGUCAUUAUUGAAAAAAAAUUUGUUAUAUUUUAGAGACGGCUGAAUCAUUUCCAAUCUAUAUAAACGGUCAAGGCUGAAGCUCUGUUGGAUUAACAUUUUCACCUGAAAACGUCUGUAUAUAUUUUUACACUUCAUGAAUUGUAUUCAUCAAAUUUAUUAUUUCUGUACUCCAUAUUCAUUUCAAGUAUUCAUCAGUUUUAUUUUUAAAAUUAUGGUUCUUAACAACUUCUUUUAUUCCUUUCUCAUCAUUUCAAUUUCACCUGAUUUUUCUUUCCGUCGAAUUUUUUGGUGAAUACUGACUCAAGAAAAAUUGAAUUUUUGGAACACACUGCUUCAAGAGAUAAAGAAAAUAAUUUAAUUUCAUACAAUUGUGAGCCAAUUGAAAUUCUAGGAUCUUUGUAAAUUUUCUACUUUUUCAACUACAAUGUAAACUGUUCGUUCAGUCGAAAAGAUGAAAAAACAAUACCGCGAUUUUCCUACUCGGGAUCGUAGAACACUUUUCUAGACAGCUCCGACUUAAUUCACGCUUAAUCCCAACUUUUCGAGUACAUAUAUAAAUAUAUAAUAUAUAAAGUAUAAAGAAUGAAGAAAAAAGUACUGUAAAUAUUAGCUUCGUAGAUGAAUCUCGAAGAAACGUCGAUCGCACAGGGUAGAAUUAUUUGUACCAGUGAUAAAUUAGGAGAGAUGAUUGUACGCAUUGUGCAAGGGUGCUCAAAAGUGUCAUUCAACGAUAGAAAAAUCGAUAAUUCCUUGAUUGUAAAACCACACACAUAUAUAUAUUUAUAAACACAAAGAUUUAUUUUCUA